UCCGUUCUACCCGUGUACCGGAGUUCUUUGUUCGAGUCGUUUGUGCUGUUUGUUGUGGAAUAGUACGCCGUACGCCAAUCGGGCGAUUUUAUUCUUAGUUUGAGUUUCGUUAAAUGUAAAUUAACGCCAUCUUGUAUAUAUUGUAACAGGAUGUGAUUAUUAUUACGGUUCGAAUAAGUUUGAUUUUGCAUUUGUUGUGCGAGUUAUGUUCGCGAAAAUGAGUUAUAAAUUUAUAAUUUAUUUGUUGGUGAUGAAUAGUGUAGUUUAAACGUGGUGUUAGGUAAAUUAAUUCGCGCUCAUUCUUCGCAGCCCGUAUCACGUGGUGCAAUUUUUCCUACAUAGCCCAUACGAAUUUCAAUUCUGUAUCUCAAGAUGUAGUGAUGACCCAUGAAUGAAUGGGAUUCCGGCUUGCCUCUUUGAGGCGAACCAAUGUUGUCAUGGCACCAGCUUGUACGUGUAUAAUUUUUGUCAAAGAUUUUUCGAUUUUCAUCGAAAAAGAUUAUCAACCUAUCAGUGUAUCACUUCGCGCCAGCGAUAAUUUUCAAACAUGCGUUAAACAAUUUCAACUUAUGUGCGUGAAAGUAUUUUAUAUCAUUUUCAUAAUUAAGAAAACUGUAAGACAUGUUAAUAGUGGUGAAAUAUUCGGCUGUGUGCGCGUUAUUUAUCUGUGUAAAGACGUUCUAAACGAAAAAUCCGUCGUAUAUAUCUCCGAUAAUAAUACGUAUACGUUGGACGCCGUUAAUCGUAUAAUGAAUGAAUGUGAUUCUAUGGGGGAUAAAAAAGAUAACAUGGGGUUGCAAAAGAUUGAUAUGCCUAAUUUCGAUGGAAACCUUAGCGUUAAAGAAAAACGAUUCGCACCCUCCGUAGAUAUAUUAUCAACUUUCGAGCGCGAAAUGUGCCGCAACGGGACUAACUUUCAGCAAGAUUGCGAAGAAUUUUUGCAUAUAAUGGCAUCGAAUGCGGAAAAAGCCGCUCCGGUAGCCGCCACAACCAACGGUCAAGUAGAUCCGGAGCCCAAUAACGAAGUAUCGUCCGAAAAUUUGACCAGUUUCGAAAGGGUGCUAUUAAAUCAAGUCGAAGAUAUUAACAUGGAAGAAGAUCACGUUACCGAUACGCCUGUUCAAAAUAGUGUUUCGUACGUCGAAGACGGCGAAGAAAAGCGUAAAAAAUGUUUGCAAAUGGAAAGGCGAAUCGAAAGGUUGACCAGACGUUUGAAACUGAAACAAUCCAAAGUGUUAGGCCUUCAUACGUCGGAGCAAAUUUGCAGUUUGCUGGAUUUCUGUCGCUGUAAAUCGUCCGACGGUAAUAAUAUGAUUAGAAACGAAUCGAAUCCUCCAAAUUCGCAUUCCGAGUCUGCUAUGGAUUUGUAUUUGAAACGUUUAAAAAGGUGUUCCAAUCAAACGUGUUUGCCGCAAAAUAACGAAAAAUUCGCGUAUUAUUUCGGCUCCGGCGCCAAAGAAACGAAGAACGGUCGCAGUUUUGCUGGUACCGUCGCACCUUCGUUGAAUUUAGACGUUCACGAACACAUCGAAAAGAUCUCUGGUCAGUUACAUGCCCAAAUUAAAGCCAUCGCCAAUGAUUUCGAUUCGGACGCGACGGCCAGCAGUUCCGGCAACGAUAGCUUGGACGAAGAAUCUUCCUUACCACCGCCGACUGCCGAAGAUAAAUCUAAAAAAUUACCUUUAAGUAAACGAGCUAUUUGGAGGUGGUUGAGAAAUCGAGCCAGUAUUGCGUAUAGAUUGUCGUGGCUGCAAUCGCACAUGUCGGCGUUAGAAUAUAAAAUACAUCAUUAUACGGAAAUUUAUAAGAAGCUGCGUAGCGCCAAAGGUCAAGUUGUGUUGCUAAAUAACGUGACCACCGAUCAAAACGGUGCUGUCGUCGUGAAAUGCACGUCGACGCCGGGGACGCCGGUAUCGGCGACGACGGCAACGGCUGCGGCGGCGGCGACGCCUGCGGUAACGGGAGCUACAACCCACGUGAUUCUAAACGGCUACCACGGAUCUCUGACGACGUCGCCGGUAGCGGUUACGACCGCAGCGACGACCACCACCACGACGAGUUCUGCCAAAACCGAUUCGACGAUGUCGCCGGAUUAUUGCCCUCCAACGCCGACGUCGUGUUGCGAUUCGGACGACGCUUGCAGCCGAACCAGGCCGUUUUUAAGAAGCAAAUUCCGCAAAAGGAAUAUCAUCAGGUUGGACGAGAUGACGCAGAAUAAUUGCACAGCGAACGCAGCCUCCGGUAUUGGCACCUGCUCCAAGUACGGAUCUACCAGGUGCGAUUGCGUAGCGCCGCUUAGCUGUGUACUGUGUGUGAACCGGGGUCCCGGCGUUGAUCUAUCCAAUCAGCAUAUCUGCAGCAAUUUGUUACCUGUGCAGUCCAAGAUCGCAUUGCUAGAGCCUACCUUUCAUCCUGUCUUAUCGUUCGCUCAAGAUGUAUCUGUUAGCACGCAUAUUUGCGCAUUAUUGAAUAACGACAGCGUAAUCGAAGUUUGCGGUAAGACGAUCGAAAGCCGGUCGUACACGCCGAGCAACGUACUGCAGAAACGACAUUACGCCAAUUAUAAAACCACCGAAGAAAUACGUAGAUCUAAUUCGGAAAAUUUGGAAUUAUACAAAAGGCGAAAGAAGUACGCGCGACGGCAGCCCAAUAAUUCGCAAGGCUUGGCUUAUGGACGUAGUCAGUUGGGUAAAAGAAGGCUACCUAAGUAUCUUAGUGAUAAAGCUUUAUCGUUCAAAAAAAGAAGAAGAAAAAGAUUACGUACGAAACGAUUCAGAGGUCACGAAAGCGGAUUGGAUGAAUCAGCAGAUGAAGGUUUAUAUUAUAAAAAAGAAGAAACCCUUAGUUCGCAACCAGGUUCGCCUCAUAGUUCACAUUCUUCUACGGUUAAAGAUCCGUCGACGACGCUAUCGACAACGAACAGGAGGAAGAGAGGCCAGUCGUAUGAUAUCGAUAAUUUCAUUAUUCCACCAAAUUCGACCCCUGCAGCGGUUGCAGUGAAACCUCAGUACAAAGAGAUCCUCAUACCGACGUGGAAAAUAGUCGAAGAAACGCCUAUAAGAUUGGAGGAUAUCGAUAAAGAUUCUAUUCCAGAUCAUAUUUUGGACGAUCUGGACGAGGAUAAAAUUGAUAAAUUACACGAAAUCCUCGAACAACACGAAAGAAAGAAGUUUAGAUUGAAUCCAACGCGGAAUAAGGGACAAAGGAGUCGAAAACGAACCGAUAGUUGUCCCGAGACCAGCGAAGCGAAUACUCCUGAGAGAGUAGCUAGUCCUGUGUCGACGACUAGCGAAGUGGAUACCACCACAGUGACGGCCAAUUUGACGGUGGCAUUGACGCCGAUUACGUUUCCUGGUCAAGGAACGCCUGUGGUAUCAACGGCUACCGUCAGUACCAAUACGAAUACUACGAGUACGGUUAAAACUACGUCUUUGAAUAAGACAAAAACCAAUUUGGACUGUGAUACUUCAACCGUUACCGAGUCUGCGUCUCCAGAAAUAGCCCCUUUCGAAGAAAGAAAAUUCCCUCUAACAGAUGCCGAAUACAAUGAGAUGCUGUUGGAAGACCCGAAUAAAUCGGACGACGAAAAAGAGACCGACGACAAUGAGCAUACAAACGAUGGGAAACCAAAUCAGAUUGUUAGCCGGGACCGGUCACCUUGUAGCGAAUCGACUGAUUCCGUUUCAGAAGACCCAGACGAUCCUGACUGGAUGCUGAACGAUGAAUUAGGCGGAGCAUCGAUCGAAUUGAUUCGAAAAUAAUUUUAACAGACGGAUGUAUUUUAUUUAUAUUUAUAACGAAUAAUUUCUUGUUUCCUCAUCUCCUCCUCCUCCUCCCCCCUCCCCCACCCUGUACAUAAUAUAGUUUUGUAUGUGAACAUAGGUUUUUAAGGCUUUCGAUGUUUUAGGCUAGUCUAUACCCCAUUUUUUUGUAUUGGUUGAUUGCUGAUUGGUGUAUUUCUAAUUUUUACCGUAAUAAUCAAAGACGAAAGGAGUUGAAUACGAAUACGAAGUGCUGUUCUGCGAGCAUUUGUCAUGUAGACUUGUGUGCGUUAGUGUUUGUUUAUAUAGAGCCCUGAUUUUUAACAUAAUUUCGGUAUUUUGCUUGUGAUUAAUUCUAUUCCAAAAUUUAUCCUGUAGUGGUAUCUUAUAUAUGAGUAUAAUGGUUACUGUGGAUUAUAUUCCAUUUUUACGUUUUUAAUUUUUGUAAAGUUUUCAUUGUUGUCUUAAAACCCAACCCAGUUUCCCGAUUUAGAGAGUAUGAUUUUUAAAAUGGCAAGAUGUUGAUGCACUUUGUUAUCAAUUUUUUUUUGUUUAGUCUUCAACAGAAGUUUCGAGCGUUUCAUUAAUAAUUUCUCAAAAGAUUUAUUUAUAUAUUACCUAUGACGAGGUGUGUUGUGUAUUAAUCGACUUACGACGUCAUUUAUUAUUUUUUUGAUUAUUUCACGCUAAGCUUCGUUGUUUACAUUAUUAUUGUGUACUUCUGUUUCUUAAUCGAUGAUGUAUUUUUUUUUUUACUAGUUUUUGGAAGUUGGUCAACUCUAAAGAGAAAAAUUUUAAAUUAUGUACGUAUUCUGAUUAAAAGUUUUUUGUCAUUUCA